AUGGAGCAGCAACCGUCUGUAGAGGAACUUAAGACUCUAGCUCUCGAUUACUUCACAAAGGCUGAAACCUCCCUAUGGAAUGUGCUUCCGCCUGUUGUGCAAGAAUCCCCCGUAUUUCUCGAUAUAAGCCGAGCUCUUAAUGUUCGCGUCGAGACAGCUCUCUUGCUGUCCACGAUCGGCGUCCUACUGGCCUCUCUUAUUUUCCUCUUAGCUGUGCGGUUGGCCUUCUCGGGCCCUCGAUUCAACACCAUCGUGCUUCUGGGCCUGUGCGGAGCCGGCAAGACUUCUCUCUGGUACAAGCUGCGGGAUGGGUCAACCCACGGCGGUACAGUGACGUCCAUGGCGGUCAACGAUGACAAGUUUCCCCUGCACGCCGAGCUGAGCAAGAACCCCAGAGCCCGUCCAGUGCAUCUGGUGGAUCUGCCUGGCCAUCCUCGCCUGCGCUCCCUGGGAGCUCCGUUCCUCUCCCGCACGUGUGGGAUUGUGUUCCUGGUUGAUGCCCUUGACUUCACUCUCAACAUCCGACCUAACGCAGAGUAUCUAUAUGAGCUGCUCUCAUCUGCUGCGGUGCAACGGAGGCGGGUGCCACUGCUGCUGGCGUGCAACAAGAUGGAGAAGGUGACGGCACAUUCGGUGGAGUUCAUUCGGAAGCAGCUUGAAAAGGAAUUAGAGAAGCUGCGCUCGUCACGCCAUUCCAUGGCAUCUGUUGGCUCCAGCAAGGACGGAGGGUCACAAGGGCUUGUCCUGAAAAGCACUGGAGGAGUUUUCCGUCACAUCAAAUUAUGUCUCUUUCUCGCAAUCAUGGCUACCGCGCAGCCGCUGGAAGCCAGUGAGGAGGAAUGCGACAGGAUCCUUUUCGGAACGAGCGCAGCGGCCUAUUAUGAGCAGAAUAGAGUGGUACAUUCCUCCGAAUAUAUCACGAAUUCGAGGAACAUCCGCCUCUACACGCAGUCAUGGUUGCCUGCCGAUCGCAAGCCGUUGGCCCUUCUCUUCUUCUGCCACGGCUACGCCAGCAGCUGCAGUUGGAUGAUGCAGCUUACAGCUGCUCGAUUCGCCUCGGAGGGCUUCGCAGUGUUUGGCAUCGACUACGAGGGCCACGGCAAAUCGGACGGCCCGAGAUGCUCGUUCAGGUCCGCGGAGCAUCUGGUGGACGACUGCUGCGCCUACUUCGCGGCCGUCAAGGCGAAGGCUGAAUUCUCAGGGCUUCCAUCGUUCGUGUACGGGGAGUCGCUGGGAGGCGCCAUCGCAAUGACCGUCGCACUGCGUGAUCCUGAUAGCUGGACUGGGCUGAUCAUGGUGUCUCCCAUGCUGCGCAUCAAAGAGGAGCUGCAGCCCAGCUGGGCUGCACUGCAGGCUCUUCGAGUCCUUGCAACGAUCAUUCCCGACAGUGCCCUUGUACCCACCAAGGGUGACUUGAUCCAUCUCUCGUUUCGGGAUCCUGCAAAACUUGAAGUUGCAAUCAAGAACCCACGCCGCUACUGUGUUGCCAUUCCUCAUCAUGCAUGGGGGAUCAGAUGGUGUAACAGAUCCAGACCACCACUGGAAGCUACUGAGGAGGAACUCGACAGGAUCCUCUUCGGAACGAGCGCAGCGGCCUAUUACGAGCAGAAUAAAGUGGUUCACUCCUCUGAAUACAUCACGAAUUCGAGAAACAUCCGCCUCUUUACGCAGUCAUGGUUGCCUGCCGAUCGCAAGCCGUCGGCCCUCCUUUUCUUCUGCCACGGCUACGCCAACUGCUGCAAUUGGCUGAUGCAGCUAACAGCCGUCCGAUUCGCCUCGGAGGGCUUCGCAGUGUUCGGCAUCGACUUCGAGGGUCAUGGCAAAUCGGACGGUUUGAGAUGCUCGUUCAGGUCCGCGGAGCAUCUGGUGGACGACUGUUGCGCUUACUUUGCAUCUGUCAAGGCGAAGCCUGACUUCGCAGGGCUGCCGUCGUUCGUAUACGGGGAGUCGCUGGGAGGUGCCAUUGCCAUGACCGUCGCACUGCGCGAUCCCGACAGCUGGACUGGGCUGAUCAUGGUGUCUCCCAUGCUGCGCAUCAAGGAGGAGCUGCAGCCAAGCUGGCUUGCACAGCAGGUUCUUCGAGUCCUUGCAACGAUCAUCCCUGACAGUGCCUUCGUGGCCACUAAGGGAGACCUAAUUCGUCUCUCGUGUCGGGAUCCUGCAAAACUUGAAGUUGCUCUCAAGAACCCACGCCGCUACAGUGGUAACCCACGCCUUGGUGUUGCCUUUGAGCUUCUGCGUUUCGCCGAUGCUGUUACAGCCUCCAUUCCAAACCUGCAUUUGCCAUUCCUCAUUAUGCAUGGGGGAUCAGAUGGUGUAACAGAUCCGGACCAGUCCAGAGACUUGCACGAGAAGGCUCCGAGACCUGACACAGCUCCCAUUUCGUCGCUCACCUGUUUCUCUACUGCCCAGUCCUCCUCCAACUAUCAAGCUACUACUAUCAUAAAGAUGGAGAAGGAGCGCGAGAACCACGUUUACCUUGCUAAGCUUGCGGAGCAAGCCGAGCGCUACGAUGAGAUGGUUUCAUCCAUGAAGGAUGUUGCCAAGCUCGACGUUGAGCUGUCCGUUGAGGAGCGCAACCUUCUCUCCGUUGGCUACAAGAACGUCAUUGGAGCUCGCAGGGCUUCGUGGAGAAUCAUGUCUUCCAUCGAGCAGAAGGAGGAGAACAAGGGCAACGAGCAGAAUGUGGCGAGGAUCAAGGAGUACAGGUCCAAAAUCGAGGCGGAGCUCUCCGAUAUCUGCCAAGACAUCCUCAACAUCAUUGAUAGCAAUUUGAUCCCCUCAUCUGGCACUGGGGAGUCGAAGGUCUUCUAUUACAAAAUGAAGGGUGACUACUACCGUUACCUCGCGGAGUUCAAAACCGGCGCUGACAGGAAGGAGGCUGCUGAGCAGUCUUUGAAGGCGUACGAGGAAGCUUCCAAGAUCGCCACUGUCGAUCUUGCACCAACCCACCCUAUCCGCCUUGGCCUUGCCUUGAACUUCUCUGUGUUCUACUACGAAAUUUUGAACUCACCAGAGAAGGCAUGCCAAUUGGCCAAGCAAGCCUUCGACGAGGCUAUUGCCGAGCUUGACACUCUGAGCGAGGAGUCCUACAAGGACAGCACCCUCAUCAUGCAGCUUCUCCGUGACAACCUGACACUCUGGACAUCUGAUCUCCAGGACGAAGCCGCUGCCAAGGACGAGCCUGCUGACGAGAAGAAGGAUGAGAAGCCUGCUGACGAGUGA